UUCGUAUUAGUUGUUAAUACUAAGGCAUGUAUUUGUUUCAUCCCGCAGUUACUUCUCAGACUGAAUAACUCUGUUCCAAAUGCAAUUCCCAAUCUUCAACAAGAGCUUGACGAGUAUAAAAACAACCCUCUUGAUCCAGAGGCAGAGGAAAAAAUAAAAGAAGAAAUAGAAAAGUUGCAAGAAAUGGAGAAAAACCUCGAAAUGGAAGUACAGAUUGUAAAAAAGGAGUUUGAAGAUGUUAAGGGAAAUGUUAAAGAAGUAAAAGAAGAUGUUGAAGAUGUUAAGGGAAAUGUUAAAGAAGUGAAAGAAGAUGUUGAAGAUGUAAAGGGAAAUGUGAAAGAAGUAAAAGAAGAUGUUGAAGAUGUUAAAGGAAAUGUUAAAGAAGUAAAAGAAGAAGUUGAAGAUGUUAAGGGAAAUGUUAAAGAAGUAAAAGAAGAUGUUGAAGAUGUUAAGGGAAAUGUUAAAGAAGUAAAAGAAGAUGUUGAAGAUGUUAAGGGAAAUGUUAAAGAAGUAAAAGAAGAUGUUGAAGAUGUUAAGGGAAAUUUCAAAGAAGUAAAAGAAGAUGUUGCUGCUGCACAUAGAAAGAUUGAAGAGUUGAAAGUGCGAACAAUAACAGGAGGAGUACUUCAAUUGUUGCCACAAAUCUUCGCCAUAACUAUUGGAAGAAUAUUUGGAUUGGAGCGGGAGGAAGACAGUUUGCUCCAAGGUUUGCAAUCCAUCUUCAACAUAACAGUAGGAAGAAUGUUUUGGAGGGAUCAAAUGGAGGAAAGUAAGUAUUAUAAUUUAUUCCGUUUGGUGAAGGCAAAAUAAUAGCUAAACAAAGAGUUAGUUUGAGAAGAUUAUUUAUUGAAUAGAACAUAUGCAUGGAAAUAAAGACUGUCUACCAUCCCAUUGCUUAUAUUGUUUUUCAUCGUGCUAUUUUAGAGCUAAGGAAUUUAGUUUUACAAAAUGUUGCAGUAGAAUACCCAUUCCGUAAUGGAACCUGUCUGCUGAACAAGCUAUAAUUUAUACAGAUUAAUAUGUUCGCUCGUUUGUCUGUAU